AUGCCGUCCACCUGGUCCUACUCCUUCGACACCCAAGUUUACAAGGGCACCGCCGAGUUUUCCACCGGCCUCUUUAUCGACGGCAACUUUGUCGAUGGCUCCUCGGGCAAGACAAUCGAUGUCAUCAACCCGUCCACCGGCAAGCUGAUCACCAAGAUCGCCGAGGGCACCCUCGACGACCUCAACACCGCCGUCCGCGCAGCCCAAAAGUCUUUUGACACCGUCUGGGGUCUCCACAUGCCCGGCCGCGACCGCGGCGUCCUCCUCAACAAGCUCGCCAACCUCAUCGAGACCCACAUUGACGCCGUCUCCGCCGUCGAAGCCCUCGACAACGGCAAGACCUUCUACUGGGCAAAGGACGAUGUCACCGCCGUCAUCAACUGCUUCCGCUACUACGCAGGCUGGGCCGACAAGAACCAGGGCAAGACCAUCGAGACGAACGACGACAAGCUCGUCUACACCCGUCACGAGCCCAUAGGUGUCGUCGGCCAGAUCAUCCCUUGGAACUUCCCUCUCCUCAUGCUCGCCUGGAAGCUCGGCCCCGCUCUCGCCACGGGCAACUCGGUCGUACUCAAGCCGUCCGAAUUUACGCCCCUGUCCGCGCUCUUCAUCGCCAAGCUCAUCCACGAGGCCGGCUUCCCGCCCGGUGUCGUCAACAUCCUCAACGGCUACGGGAGCGUCGUCGGCCAGGGCAUCGCGGAGCACAUGGACAUCGAAAAGGUGGCGUUCACGGGUAGCACGCUCGUCGGCCGCAAGAUCAUGGAGGCCGCAGCCAAGUCGAACCUGAAGAACGUCACGCUCGAGCUGGGCGGCAAGAGCCCGAACAUCAUCUACGACGACUGUGAUCUCGAUGCCGCCAUCGAGUGGGCGGCGUUCGGUAUCUACUACAACCACGGGCAGACGUGCUGCGCAGGCUCGCGCAUCUUCGUGCACGAGAGGAUCUACGACGAAUUCCUGCACCGCUUCACGGAGCGCGCGCGGUCCGUCAAGGUCGGAGACCCGUUCCAGGCGGGCAACUUCCAGGGCCCGCAAGUCUCGCACGUGCAGUACGAGCGCAUACUGGGGUACAUCCAGUCCGGGAAGGAGGAGGGCGCGACGCUGCACCACGGGGGCGAGCGGGUGGGCUCGGAGGGGUACUUCAUCGCGCCGACGAUCUUCACGGACGUGCAGCCGCACAUGCGGAUCGUGAAGGAGGAGAUCUUCGGGCCGGUGGGCGUCGUGAUCAAGUUCCGGGACGAGGACGACAUCCUCGCGCAGGCGAACGACACGGUGUACGGGCUCGCCGCGGCGGUGUUCACGCGGGACAUCAACAAGGCGGUGCGCACCGCGAACGCGCUCAAGGCGGGCACGGUGUGGGUCAACUGCGUCAACUCGCUGCACCCCGCGGUGCCGUUUGGCGGGUACAAGCAGAGCGGCAUCGGGCGCGAGCUCGGCGAGUAUGCGUUGGCAAACUACACACACGUCAAGGCCGUGCAGGUGCAUCUGUCGCACUUUUCGCAGGUGUGGUCGCCGUAG